AUGGAGGACAGAGAGAUGUCGACCAAAACAGAAAGCACGUCGUCCAGGCCGCCGGAGAUACCAGAAAAUGACUGGAAAAUCAGUCUCUACGACCCCGGCGACAACGAUGACUGUCCCCGAGCUUGUUUCCUCCCCUGUGACAUGUUCGCUCACACACGUUAUCGAUUGGACUUGAUCAAACAGGGUCGAGAUCCUCUCGAUCUCACCGAUUACAAAGACUUCAACCCCACUUGUUGGAAGUUCUUCGGGUUGUGCACUGGGGGUGUCUGUAUCGGCAGCGGCAUCUACACCGGUAGAGAGACGACCAGGAUCCGUCAAAAGUACGGCAUUAGGGGCACAGCAGGAGACGACAUGACCAGAGGGAUUUUCUGCCAGCCAUGUUCCCUAAUUCGAAAUGACCUCGAGAUCCGCCAGCGUGAAAGUAUGAAACAAGAGGCCGACCUUCCUCCCCCGAGGCCCCUUGGCGAGGACUACCAGCCCAUCUUUGCUAUCAAGCCCGAUGGCUACAAGUCGGAGCCGCGAAUGACUACCCCCAGAGGCAUUUUGAAGCCAAUCACGUCUCCGGAAAGCUCAUCGCCGCCGGACGGACAACCCGCUCUGCGAGAAGUACACUUCCACGAACCGGGGCUAGGAAAUGCACCCAAUGUGACUGCGUCGUACCCUGCUGAAGUCGGUCAUGUCUCUCAAUCUUCUUUUAGCCCUAGGACCGAGGGUGGCCCUUUGAUUGUCAACCAACGACGCAGCAGAGAAGGGACGCUCACUCCGAUCGAAGAAGCAGACAACCCUGCUGGUGAAGAAAGGAAGAAGAGCACCGUCUUGGGCCCAGCAAUGAACACCUUCCAGAGGACGACAAGCCCACCCGUAAUGCAUGUCACCACCAGCGAUGCCCCCAUCCAGGCGCCAACCCCAACUCGUGACCACGACAGAUACGGCAACGGCCGAGGCCCGGACACUAAUCGGUUGGAAGCACCAGUCCGAUCCCGGGAAUCGCCUCCUAUGACACCUACUGGAUCUACCAAUGCCCGAAGUUCUGAGGACCAGCCUGAUCGCCUUGAAGCUCCGAACCGGCCUUUGGACUCAACCCCAAUCCCACAGAGAUCUCGAGAUAUUCGACUGUCCGAGCACAGAUCCGACGAAGCACCUGCACAAUUCCCAGUCAUAGAAGCGCGCGUUCCGUCACCCGAGCUUUCUCGAAAAGCACCCAAGAUCGGAAAGUCAAAUACCCCAGUCCGCAAGUCGCGCUUCUCCGAGGAGUUUGAUGCACCCUCCGCCGACGAGAUCUUCUCCAAUAUCCCAGACGUAGCCCCAAGUAGCUCACUCGAUGCGCCGCCCCGGCUUCCGCACUUGCCUGGUGCAUUUGACACCCCAGCUAUGCCACCCGCAACCGUACCUGCAGGCUCCUCUAACGUCCCUUCCCAAUUGCCCCAACUCCCUGGUGCAUUCCCUUCCUCUUCACACUCCGAGACACCGAAUAUGAAGCCAUCCGCUCUCGAGCAGCUUACCGCCCUUCGUGACGUGGCGAACCAAUCUCCCAAGGUGGUCACCGUCGAGGAGGCGGAGACUUCAAUUGCAGAAACGAUCCAGGACGAAGUAGACGAAGCGCAGGACGUAGGUCGUUCACAACCUCAUGAUGUGGGCAACGAUUUCCUCGCUGGGGUGCCUCCGCGAGCUGAAGCUCACGAUAUGGGCACUGAUACGGUUGUUCCCUUGCCGGAUCAACCAGAAGCACACGGUCCGCACAUGGAUGCCAAGGUUGCUCUGGCCGCCGCCAGGAUCAAAGAUCACCCCAUCGAAUCGGAUCCUCGCAUCAACUCGCCCAAACCGAUCUCCAUCCGCAACCACCAAUUCACCGAGGACAAGCGACUCGCGGUGCCGAGAAGCGACAGCCCUUUUAAACCCGGCAUCCACUUGGACCAGCGUGUCCCGACUCCUCCAGCCUUGGUGCGACCGCAUAAUCGCCUUGAAGACCGGCAAAUCGCUACGCCCAGUCCCAGUGCUGAUCGCGAAAAUCGCAACCUAGGCGCAGACGUCAGGACCGCGAGUCCAGGUCUAGGAUCGAGGCGUGGAGGCCUGACGGGUGGAAGACCUCAUUCACUUCGCCACGAUAGUCGUGUUGGUACCCCGAAGCCUUCAGAAAAUGUCCAUGAUUUGGCGGGGGAUGUGAAAGCGCCCGCAGGAUUAGUGAGUCCGUUGGCGAAGAGCCCGGAACCGAGGAGCCCUCCGCCCAAGAGACCGGCGGCGGCUAGUCCAGCUUUGAGCGCGUCCAGUAUCAGCAUUGGGACGAGGGCGCAUCAAUUGUUGGAGCACUUUUUGGAGGGUAAUAGGAAGGGGGCGGAGCGCGAAAGUGGGAAUAAGUCCCUACCCUCUCGACCUUGCUGGGGUGUGGCCGCCCGUGCCGACCGAUGCUGUCCGGCAGUGAGGGCGGAGAAGCCUUUUGUCCCGGUGCCGGGGGCAGCGGACUUGACUCCACCGGCUCCGUCUCACAAAGUGGCAUCUCGUUCAGACAAGAAGAUAUUCCUCAAGACUGUUUUGCGACCACUCACUCAUCCCUCACCCUCAACCACCAAAUCGUCAUCACUCCAAACUCACCCGAGACAACAACAACACCACACAACCAUGUCCGAACAAAAACAAACAGUCCACAUCGGCACCCGCCGCUCCGCCCUCGCCCUCCGACAAGUCGACCUCGUCAUUGCCGCCCUCCAGCCUCACCACCCCAACGUUCACUUCCAAGUGCACGCCCUCGCCACCCUCGGCGACAAGAACCAAACGGCCUCUCUGCCCUCCCUCGGCAAGGGCCUCUGGACCAACGAGCUCGAAGCCAAGCUGUUCAACAAGGAAGUCGACUUUAUCGUGCACUGCCUCAAGGACAUGCCCACCACCUUGCCCGAGGGCGGUAAGAUUGGUGUUGUGACGGAGCGCGAGGAUCCGCGGGAUGUGGUGGUCAUGAAGAAGAAGUGGGCCGAGCAAGGGAAGUACAAGUCUCUGGCUGACCUGCCCGAGGGCGCCAUCGUGGGAACUUCGUCGGUGCGCCGUGCGGCCCAGCUGCGCAGGCGGUACCCCGGCUUGGUGUUCAAGGACGUACGAGGCAACAUCGAGACGAGAAUGAGAAAGUGCGACGAGGAGGAUUACGACUGCAUCAUCUUGGCCGCGGCGGGGUUGUUGAGGAUGGGGUACGACGAGCGGAUUGCGCAGUGGUUGGAUUCGACGACGGAAGGGGGAGGUAUGCUGCAUGCGGUUGGACAGGGCGCGCUGGCCAUGGAGAUUAGGGAGGGCGAUGAGAAGACGCUGGAGAUCAUCAAGCCGUUGUGUCAUGAGAAGACCAUGGUGGCGACGUUUGCGGAGCGCGCCGUCAUGAGGAGCUUGGAGGGCGGGUGCAGUGUGCCGAUUGGUGUCGAGACCAAGUGGGUGGGCGAGGAUCAGUUGCAAUUGAAGGUGACGGUGGUCAGCUUGGAUGGAAAGGAGAGUGUGGAUGGGCAGAGCGUCGAGGUAAUCAAGACGAUUGAGGAAGCCGAGGCGAUGGGUCAGAAGCUGGCGGAGGAUCUGGCUAAGAGGGGCGCGCAGAAGAUUCUGGACUUUGUCAACCAGGGUCGUGCCUCGGGAGGUGCGCUCAAGAUUGGUGAUCUCUGAAUGUUUGAUGGUUUUUGUGUACGAUAGAGAAGGAUGAGAAGAUGGCGCGAGGUUUUUUUGCGGGCGAACCAAAAGUUGAGAGGUAUGCGAGGCGCAACCCUGGGUUUCUACGAUCUACUGAAUGUUUUCCAUGCAUGUACAUAAUCCUGGUAUGAUACUUGGAUGCGUUCCAUCGCAUGCAUGCUUGUCCCGAUUUAACUCCAAUUCGAUGUAUGCAUAAAACUACCAAACACCGCCCUUCGCCGUGUGAUGAUAACAAAAAUACGUCUCUGGGCGUAGUUUGUUGGGCCCCCCAUGUUGUUUGUCUAAAAGCAGGUUGAACUGUCCGAAAUUGAGUUGAUCCCCGUAACCAUUUCCCCGGGUUCCGUCAUAAAUAGCCAAUAUACACCAAGCGUCAUUAAUCUUUUUCCCGUCAAGCGGCGCCCCAUGAUUUUGAAUCUCUUGCGUUAUGUUCAGUGGUCCUCGGCGGCAGUGAACUCCUUGUAGGCCUCCUCGUCCAUGAGCUUCUCGAGAUCGGCAAUGCCCUGGUCGGUAACCUGGACCUUGGCGACCCAACCGCCGCUGGCAGAGUGGUCCUCGGGAACCUUGUUAAUGGUGGAAGGGCUCUCCUCGAGGGUCAAGUUGCUAGCAAUGACCUUGCAGCUGACGGGGGCGUUGAUGUCGGCGGCAGACUUGACGGACUCGACAGCACCAAGGGCAUCGCCAGCGUGGACCUCCUUGCCCUCCUCGGGGAGCUCGACGAAGACGACGUCGCCGAGGGCCUUGGCAGCGUAGGAGCUAAUGCCGACGUAACCAGUCUUCUUGUCGUCGGAGAGCUCGAUCCACUCGUGCUCGCGGG